GUCAACACAGACGGAAGUUGAAACAGAGAAUGAAACCGUCAACUUUUCAUUUGGCUGUAUUUCCGCCACUAUUUUAAGAUUAACGAGUGCGACGCGCCCUAAAUCAUUCAACAAACUCGCUGCUGCCUUUGAAGACACUCGGGAAUUUGGAUCCAUGUAGGAGAUGAAGUGUUUUGAUCCUCGCUGACCCGCUUCACACAGCAGUUACGCACCUCAUCGCGGAAGAAGUUUCACACGUAGGCGUGCUUUGUCCUGAAGCCAAACCGCCCGGCUUCACCGUAAAGUACAGUUUAGAGUUGUAACUUACACGACUGACGAUUACUUUUAACGCCUCAUUUCACGGAGGAAAGCAGCGGAAGCUGGUUUCACAGCCGGUAGUCCGGUGGAGGCGGACUGCUGGCCCCAGCUACUUUUUUUUUGUUACCGAUUCGAUUUCCAGGUUUUACAGGAGCGGUCCAGUCGGACAUCGUGUCCCCGCAUUGCUGUCCCCGUCUCUUCCUCCAGCAUGACGGGCAUGACGGCCAGCACGGCCAACUACCUUUGGUCUCUGCAGGACGUCCUCGGCCAAGGGGCCACUGCCAGUGUCUACAAGGCACGCAACAAGAGAUUGGGUGAGCUGGUAGCCGUCAAGGUGUUUAACUCUGUGAGCUACAACCGGCCCCAUGAGGUCCAGAUGAGAGAGUUUGAGAUGCUGAGGAGGCUGAAACACAGCAAUAUUGUCAGGCUGUAUGCUGUGGAAGAGCUGCCCUCCAAACAGAACGUGCUGGUGAUGGAGUAUUGUUCAGGAGGAAGUCUACUCAGCCUGCUCGAAGAGUCGGAGAAUGCCUUUGGCUUACCUGAAACCGAAUUCCUCAUAGUUUUGCAGUGUGUUGUGCAGGGGAUGAAUCACCUGCGAGAAAAUGGCGUGGUACACCGGGACAUUAAGCCAGGCAACAUCAUGCGGCAGGUUGGGGAGGAUGGAAAGUCUGUUUAUAAGCUGACUGACUUUGGAGCAGCGAGAGUGCUGGAAGAUGAUGAGAAGUUUAUGUCUAUCUAUGGAACGGAAGAGUAUCUGCACCCGGACAUGUAUGAACGUGCUGUGCUGCGUAAGCCUCAUCAGAAAUCGUACGGAGUGAGUGUAGACCUGUGGAGUAUCGGUGUGACAUUUUACCAUGCUGCCACUGGGAGUCUUCCCUUUGCCCCUUUCGGAGGACCCCGCAAGAACAAGCCCACCAUGUACAAAAUAACUACAGAGAAGCCUAUGGGGGCAAUAGCUGGAAUACAGCGGGUGGAGGGCGGGCAAAUCGAGUGGAGCUACCACCUACCUCACAGCUGCCAGCUCUCACAGGGUCUGGCGAUGCACCUUGUUCCGAUACUAGCGGGCAUCCUGGAGGCGGACCAGGAGCGCUGUUGGGGUUUCGACCAGUUCUUCAAAGCCACCACAGAUGUGCUGCAGCGGCAGCCAGUUCACCUCUUCUCUCUGCAUCAGGCCAUGGCGCACUGCGUCUACAUACACCACUACAACACGGUUUUGAUGUUCUUAGAGGAGGUGGCGUCUCAGACCGGUAUAGCAGUCCAGCUGCAACACCUGCUAUACCUUGGUCACAAGCUCCCUCUGGAGGGCAACAUGAAGGUGGCCAACCUCCCGCACACUUCACACGACAGGCCCCUCAUUCUGCUCAGCGGGCCCGACACGAAUGGCAGCUUUCCCUUCAGGGAACCCGACACUCCAGUCAUCCCAUCCCGGUUCGAUGUUAUAGCAGACUACAACUUCUCCAAGGUUAUAGUGGGAGUGGUCCACCAGUACCUGAGGCUGGUGCAGUCGCUGCACACACACAGCGGUCUGCUGCUGCAGGGAUACUACAGCUAUAUGAUGAUGUUUCGUGGUGAGUGUGAGGAAGCAGUCCACACUAUCGCCAUGAUCACCAUUAGACUGCAGUGUUGCCUCACCACGGAACAAAGGACUCACACACUAGCCUGUUAUGAUGCAGAAAACAAGGGUUCAACUGAAAGCAGGCAAAGGCUGCAUCUUGUACGUGAGCACUUGCCUAUAUACAGCGCGGGAAUCCAUGAGUUCCACAGCCGACUGAACCAUCUGCAGAUCGAACAGGCCAAGCUAGCAGAGACGCUGGCCAAUGACCAGAGCUGUCAAAAGAUGGAGAUGCUGAAGCAAAGGAUAACAACGAUUCAUCAGCAUUAUCGUAAAGACAGACAAACUGGCAAGUUGGCAUAUAACGACGAGCAAAUCCACAAAUUUGAGAAAAUCCACCUGUCGUCCCACAUUAAGAGAGUGAAAUCUCUUCUCAGAGAGGACUGCGUGCUGAGAUACAAAGAGCUUUUGGCCACGACCAAGAAGUGGAGCAGCGUUUUACUGGAGAUGAAGACCAGACUGCAGGACUUCUCCUCUUUUUCCACCGACUUGUUGGCAGAGGUGGAGAUGAAUGAGCAUCACCUAAAUAAGGCUCUGGACAGAAUUCUCUGCACUCUGCAGUCAAAGCAAACGGGACAACAGCCGGAGAUCAAGGACCAGAUGGUCUCUAGGAUGCACCAUCUGAAGGAGGAAAUGGAGAUGUUGGUGAGGGAACUACAGUGUAACAACAGCAUUAUUGAGAGUCUGGGAACGGUGAGCCCUGCAGAAGCUUUGGAGCCAAACUUGGCCAGACCGUCUACACUUUGACAAAAGAGCUGCGUCCUUGCGUCUUAAAAGAAAUGCCACGCUUGAACAGCCAUGGACCAUGUGGUGUUUUUUUUUUUCAAGGACUGCCUGAAGGCCUAAUGCUGUAAGAAGAGGAAGCAGUCAAAGACAAUCAAUAUGAUGUGAAUCUCAAUUUAGAGAUGAGAUGCACACAAUGGAGAGGAAGGAAACGCUGCGGUUGAAUACAGACCUUAAUGCCUUCAGUGUUAUUGUAUUUCUAAUAUGCUGCCACAGUGAUGGAUAAGGCAAAAUUAAUUCCAAGGCAGCUGCUGAAUAUUUUCAGUAUGCCUGUGUGUCUUCUUUGUCCCAUAGAAGAAGUACCACAAACUGGAGACCCUCAAAUGAUUAAUAUGACCAGAUUGGCACUGUAGUUCUGUGUGUGUGCGUGUGCGUGUGCGUGUGCGUGUGCGUGUGUGUGUGUGUGUAUAUCUUAUGUUGAGGCGUGAGAUGCCUGCUGUUUUUUUCCUGAUGCUUGAUCAUUGAAAUGUUUCUAUGUUUACUUUAAGGACAUCUUUGUACAUGCAUGGUGAUGUUAUAUCUUUGACUGUCAGCCUUUCCAAGAACAUAGCACUGUCAUUUUGAAAAUAACAGCAAAUGUUAGGUUGAAAACACAGUUCAGAGAAUACAGCAAAUAACAGUAUGACAAUAAUUAUGACAUUAGCCAUUGUGGCUCAUGCAGUGGAGAAAUCCUAGGGUUUAUUUGUGUUUAAAAGGGGUCACAGAGGAUACACAAUGUUGGAAUUAAUAAAAAGGAGGAAAAUGCUU